AUGGCGCCGGGUCAGUUCGACUGGUUUCUCAAGAUCGGAGCGACGAAGGAGGCCGUCGCCGUACUGAACGACCAGCCGUUCCUCUUCACCAUCCUGCUGCUCGUCCUCGUCGGCAUCAUCCUGCAGUGUGUACUCAUCUGGUACAUCCACUUCGCCACCCUCAAGCCGGAACAAAAGAAGAAGAAGAAGGACGAUAAGAAGGCACCUGCAAAGGGCGGCAAGCCACCGGCACAACGAUAA